AUGGAUAGCAACGUGCUGGAUUCACCUAUUGAUUCAGUCAAUCAAUUUAAGGCACCAACUGGUUGUAGUGCCAAUGGAGACAGCAGUCGUGCUGAGAGCAAGUUUUUUGCUCUUAGCGUAAGUGGUACUAACAUGGCUGGAAAACCAUCACCGCUCGUCAUGCCUUUUGUGUAUGGGACGCCCGUGGAUAAGAACUACAAGUCGUGGCCAUUCCUGACGGUUGGUGUGUGCGCUAGUAUCGUUAUUUUCGCUAUUGUGUUCCAUGAGUUACCAGAAUAUCGUGUCGGUUUUCGUUACUAUCUCUACACGGUCUUUGGAUCAACCAUCGAGAAUGCCGAGUGGGUUGGAGGACAUCGUGAAGUUGUGGAUUUUAUUGUCAGCUACAUUUUAAUUGGAUUGCCAUUCAUGAUCGGUGGGAUGACACUUGCUUUAGGAGACGCUCUGCCGCCUGUGCCGACGGGAGCAUAUCGCAUGGUUAUGCGUUUCUUAAAGCGCAAGAUCUUUGUUGGCACCAUUAAUGUUUCGUACGCCGAGUCUAUCUGCACGCUCGUAUUUUUAGGUCUGAAUGCUAUUUGGUUUGCUGCAAUUUGCUCGCGGAAAUACGAUGCCCUUGUCGAAGCAGACUCUGUCGACGCUGCUUCAAUCUUCCGGCUCGUGGGCGAAGUGUUAGGCUUCAAUGCGGUGCUCUGUUUCUCGCUACUGAUUAUCCCCGCGACACGCAAUUCGUUCUGGAUGCUUUCACUAGGCAUUGACUACUCCCAUUCGAUUAAGUAUCAUCGCUGGAUUGGAUUCUUUGCAGUCGUCAUGGUAGCUCUCCAUGCCAUUCCAUUUUACUUAGCGUGGUUCAAAAGCGGCACGUUUCUCGAAUCAGCAUUUCCGUGCAUGGACUGUGACUACGGGACGGUUGGCAAGGCGCGUCUACAGAAUUUCUAUGGUCAACUGGCACUGCUUUGCUGUAUUGUUAUUGGUGUGACGUCGCUGAGCCCGAUCCGGCGCAAGUACUACGAUGUGUUUUACUACUGCCACCAUCUUUUCAUUUUUGUACUCAUCUUUAGCGCACUGCACUUCUCACAGUUUGUCAUCUGGAUGUACCCGGCCGUGUGUCUUUAUGUAAUGCACCGCAUCCUGGCUAGAAGCCAGAGUCAGAUGCCGUGUGAGGUCGUGGAUUUGGAAGCCAUUCCUGGCGAGAUUACGCGUCUAGUUUUCCGUCGUUCACCGGGCAAGUCAGGCCACUACCAUGCUGGUCAGUUUGUUUACUUACGUAUUCCGUUGCUGUCGCAUACGCAGUGGCAUCCGUUUAGUAUCAGUUCCUCACCGAUUGAAUACGAAGACACCUUUACCGUGCACGUCAAGUGCAUUGGUAACUGGACCAAGUCGUUGUACGCUGUCGCUAUUCAAGCGCGUGAAGAACGAAAGCUGCCGCUUAUUUACGUUGACGGCUUUUACGGCAAAAUGUCUGAUGACUUCCAGCACUAUCCUGCUCUCGUGUUUGUGGCUGGUGGUAUUGGCGGUACACCGAUUAUCAGCAUUGUGGGCAAGAUCUUAGAUUGCAUGCGCAAUAAUGAUCCAAACACAGAGUUUACUCAGGUAUACUUCCACUGGACGUCUCGCGAGAUCGGUAUCUUUCACGAGUUUGAACCUCUGUUGGACGCCAUCGAGCAGUAUGACCCGGAACAUGUGAAGUUUAGAGUACGUCUUUGCUUCACUGGUGACCAGCAUCUGGGUGGUGUGGACAUUCCGAACGGCAUUGCACUGAAGCCAAUGGAUGACACUAGCAUGAUUCCAACGCGCCCAUUCUUUCAGUCGUCUCGGUCUGUACCGCGUCAGAUGCUGCUGUUUUUUGUGACUUUCACGUGCAGCUUCUGGUGUCUAUUCCUCAUCCGUUUAGACUACCCUAUCCUGGGUCAUCUGCGCGCCAACCAGAACAUGUGGCCAAUCCAGCGUAUUGUGGAGGUUCUCAUCAUGAUUGUUGGUGCUAGCGUAGGCUGGGUUGUAGUAUUUACAGAGCCCACGCCUCGAUCAUUGAGCCGAAUGGAAAAAUCACGCUUUAUGCCUACUUUUGGCGGCUAUGAGCACCAUGAGACGAUGGCAGAUGUCAACGAAUCCUUGGAGUACUCUCACUCUCUGUCAUUUGAUGGACAGGAAGUCCAGUUUCAUCAUCCCGUAAGCCGUUCACGACUGAAUGUGAAGGAGUUGUUUAACGAGGUUGUCAAAGAACAGUCUCACAAUUAUGCUGUCAAUAUUACGGGCAUUGGAACGUGGGUAUCAGGUCCCAUGGGUCUUAUUCACGCCGUAGAGACGGAAGCUUCUAACUUCGCUGGCAUCUUUGAUGUGCACUAUGAGGAGUUUGAAAUGUAG